AUGGAAGAGACCAUUUGGUGGAACUUCUUUCUACAAAGAUCCAUUCGAGAUGCGAAGAAGCAGAACAAAAUAGAUUUAUCCCUGCAGAUAUCCACUGAGGACAUUGCAGGCUGUGACAAUCCUCUAUAUGUAACAGCAACAAACUUCGAUACAGUGAAUGACAUAAUCAGCAAGUUACUGCCAAUGAUGAGAAAACAUAACAUUGAAGAGUAUCAACUGUGGUUCUGUCCUCGCCCUGGGGAAGCUCCAAGAGCACUCCAAGGAAAUGAGUAUCCACAUGACAUUAUAAUGAUAAAUAUUCAAAAGAACUUCAGUUCACGGGACUUAAGAAACUUUGCCGCUUUCCCUUCCCUACCUGGGCUGAUCAUGAAAUACCUAAAUGCUGAUGCACGGGGGCAAUUCAUCUUAAGGCCCAGAAACUCAGCCAGAAGCCAAAAGCAAAAAAAUAUGAAGGAAAAGACUCUAAAGAAACAAAGAACUUCUGCAUCAUCAUGGUGGCACAGCAUCUGUGUGCCUCGCCCAGACCAAAUAUGCACCACCCAAAAAGUUAACAAUGGAGGAAAACUGUUUGGAAGAGAACUCGGUUCCAUUUGUCAGGAUGGCAACCUGCCCUCGGCAAUUCUGGACAUGCUGUCCCUACUAAAAAGGGAAGGGCCCACAACCGAGGGUGUCUUUCUAGUACGUCCGAGUACAACAUUGUGCCAAACAAUAAAAGACAAAUUGGAUUCAGAAGAAGAGGUGGACAUGAACAAGCAAUCAGUGCACGUAGUUUCCUGGAUCUUUAAGGACUUCCUCAAAAACAUCGAGGGAAGUCUGAUGACCUCAAAACUGUAUGAUGAGUGGAUUGCUGUAACGAAAAAAGUUGAUGAGGAAGAGAAAUUAGCUGCAGUGCAGAGUCUUUUAGAUAAACUGCCACCUGCAAAUGCUGUGCUUCUGAGGCAAUUUUUUCAAAUAUUAUAUGAAAUUAAAAGUAAUUCUCUUGUGACUGAAAUGUCUUCUUACCAUCUAUCUGUUGGGAUAGCCCCAUGCCUCUUAUUCAUGCCCAGCUCCUGCAAUAAUGGAAGGACAAAAGACAUUGCCAAAAAGAUUUCUCUGGUAACAUUUAUGAUCGAAAACUGUCCAAAAAAUUUUUGGAGAGGAUGCAUGGUUGCAGUCGAUGAAACAUCCCUAUCUCAUCCUCCCGGAGCCAAGUCCUCAUGUUCCCAGAACACUGCAACAAAUAUCAGAAACGUGAAGGAAACCAAACGUGGACUGAGCAGCUGCCCCACUAAGAGGACAUGCACUCCUGACUGCAAAUGCACUGCCAGGAACCAGCUGCCCUCUUCCCUGCUAAAUGAGGGCUAAAUCAAUUCAGAGAAAAGUGAAGGAAAUGUAUAUACCAACCAAUCAAUACCUUUGCUUAGACUACCACAAGCACCAAAGAAAAGUUUGUUUGGCAAACCUCUUGUGAGAAUUUUUGAAGGCAAAAGCCUGCCUACUCCAAUAUUUGAUAUGUUUUCCAUAAUUGCAGAGAAUGGACAAGAUUCUGAUCACAUAUUUAAUACGGUAUCUGAAAUUUCACACUGGUCCCUGAGGGACAGGAUUGAAAAUGCCGAACACAUAAACUGGCAUGAAGAAGACGUUCUAGUUAUAGCAUCCGUACUAAUGGACUUUCUACAAAACAUUGAAGGAAGUCUGAUGACUUCAAAACUGUAUGAUGAGUGGAUUGCUGUAACCAAAAAAGUUGAUGACGAAGAGAAAUUAGCUGCAGUGCAGAGUCUUUUAGAUAAACUGCCACCUGCAAAUGCUGUGCUUCUGAGGCAAAUUUUUCAAAUAUUAUAUGAAAUAAAAAGUAAUUCUUCUGUUAAUGAGAUGUCUUCUUACCAUCUAUCUGUUGGGAUAGCUCCAUGUCUCUUAUUCAUGCCCAGUUACUGCAAUAACGGAGGGACAAAUGACAUUCCCAUAAAGAUUUCUCUGGUAACAUUUAUGAUCGAAAACACUCCUAAAAUUUUUGGAGAGGACGUGGUUGCAGUGUCAUAUGAAACAUCCCUAACUCAUCCUCCCGGAGCAAAGUCUUCAUGUUCCCAGGACACUGCAACAAAUACCAGAAACGCGAACAAAACCAAUCGUGGACUCAGCAGCUGCUCCACUGAGAGGCCAUGCACUCCUGACUACAAUGCACCUCCAGGAAGUCCAGCUGCUCCUCUUCCCUGUGAAGACAUUCUAGAUUCAGAGAAAAAUAAAAGACAUGUAUAUACCAACCAAGUAAUACCUUUGCUUAGUCUACCACAAGCACCAAAGAAAAGUUUGUUUGGCAAAUCUCUUGUGAGAAUUUUUGAAGGCAAAAGCCUGCCUACUCCAAUAUUUGAUAUGUUUUCCAUAAUUGCAGAGAAGGGACAAGAUUCCGAUCAUAUAUUUAAUACGGUAUCUGAAAUUUCACACUGGUCCCUGAGGGACAGGAUUGAAAAUGACGAACACAUAAACUGGCAUGAAGAAGACGUUCUAGUUAUAGCAUCCGUAUUAAUGGACUUCAUUAGUAACAUUAAAGGAAGCUUACUUACUUCUGAUUUAUAUGAAGAUUUUCUUACCAUCAUGAAUGAACGAACUCUGGUUGGAAGAAUUACUGCCAUCCAAAGACUUACACGAAAGAUGCCCGAACCAAAUUUCCUUCUACUACAAUAUGUGAUUUGUAUAUUAGUAAUGAUAAGUGACUCUUCGAUGAAUAAUUUAGACUCUCACACAUUAUCUAUCCGCAUAGCUCCGUCUGUGCUAUGUGGUCAGCCUGCAAGUGAUGCACUAUAUGGGAAUUCUGACUCAAGAAAGAUAUCCGUUAUAAAAAUGAUGAUUGACCACUAUGUUGAAAUAUUUGGAAAUGAUAAUCUAUUUUCUAAACAUAUUGACGGAAGGUCUGAUGAUCUAAAGAUGUAUAUAGAUUUAAUCUUCUCUAAGGGCAAAUCUCCUAUUAUGAAAAAAGUCAUAGUUGGCCCCAAUGGGACAACCUGCAGUAAUGAUGUGAAAGUAAAUAUUUCAAAUGCUGCUCUGCAGGAAGAAAGUCCUAUAGAGAAACAUGAAGGCAAUGUACAUACCAUUCCAUCAGUACUGUCUCCAAAUCGAGUACGAUCUACGAAGAAAAGUUUGUUUGGCCAACCUCUUACAAGUAUUUUUGAAGACAAUAAGCUGCCUACCCCAAUAAUUGAUAUGAUGUCUAUAAUUGCAGAAAAAGGACAAAGUUCUGAUCAUUUAUUCAAAACUAUAUCUGAAAAUUCACACUGUUCCCUGAGGGACAAGAUUGACACAGAACUAUGUAUUAAGUGGAAUGAAGAAUGUGUGUUGGUUGUAGCUUCAGUCUUAAAGGACUUUAUUUCAAAUAUAGAUGGAAGCCUCCUGACUUCCAAUUUAUAUGAAAAUUGGCUUACCAUCCCAGAUGAAGGAACUCUGGCUGGAAAAAUUAGUGCCAUUCAAAGCCUUCUACAACAGAUCCCAGAACCAAACUUUAUACUACUGAAAUAUCUCAUUUGUCUAUUAGUGAAAAUAAAAGACUCGCCCAUGAAUAAGCUAGAUACUAAAAGGUUAUCGAUCCGCCUUGCUCCCCAUGUCCUAUGGGGUUGGACUUCUAGCAACUCAUUAUUUGGGAAAGUUGUCUCAAGAAAGAUAUCUCUUAUGCAAAUUAUGAUUGACAAUUAUAUUCAAAUAUUUGAAAAUGAUAAUAAAUAUUGCAUCCACAUGGACAAAAGUUCUGAUGGAUUAAAGACAUCUGCAGAUUUCAUAAAUUCUUCUGGCAAAUCAACUACUAUGAAUGAAAUCAUAGGUGGACACAAUAGGAAAACCUGUUGCAAUGAUAAAAUUUAA